GCGCAAUCGCAUCUUGCGAUCAGCACGUCUUUUUGUCGAUCACGUUCCAGUCGGAAGUCUGUAUUUGUAAACGGUGAUAUUGUCAGCGAACGAUCCAUAAUUGCUGGCGGUCCUGUGAGGAUCAUAUCCGCCCACUAUCCAGAAUCUCUGGACAUCCCUAUAUAAGACACCAUUAAGCACCGUUGACUCAGACCACACCAUCUGCACGCAUUCACAAAACCAGAGUCAGACACGCGCCGGUUUCUAGCACCAUGGCUCUCAAUUUACCAAAAUGGCUCAAGGACAAUUCCCAUCUUCUGCAGCCGCCCAUCAACAACUACUGCGUCUAUCAUCCAUCCUCCCCAGCAACAAGUGGACUGACGGUCAUGGUCGUUGGUGGUCCUAAUGCCCGCACCGACUACCACAUCAAUACCACCCCCGAGUUCUUCUACCAACACAAAGGCUCCAUGCUCCUCAAGACCAUGGAUACCUCCACCACUCCUCACACCCCAGUCGAUGUUCCUAUCCACGAGAACUCUUUGUACCUCUUGCCCGCAAACACCCCCCAUAAUCCUGUUCGAUUCGCGGAUACAGUUGGCAUUGUGCUGGAGCAACCUCGCCCGGAAGACUCGGUCGACACCCUGCGUUGGUACUGCAAGAAGUGCAAUAAUAUCGUUCAUGAGGCAAGUUUCCACAUGACAGACUUGGGAACCCAAGUCAAGGAAGGCGUGUUGGCUUUCGAGAGCAAUAUCGAAGCAAGGACAUGUCAAAAUUGCGGGACAUUGGCCAACUCGAGGCCGGCCGAGGGUGAGAUUCAGCAGCCUCCUAGAUUUCCAGAAGAAUGAACGUGUCCUGGAGAUUCUCAAGCGCCACCUGCCACGGCUCGCGCAUUCGACCGUGGUAGCUCAACACAGGCUCCCGUGUUAUCAGCAUGGUCUGUAGACUUCUCUUGCAGGAGCUGGUGCAAAACCUUCUCUGCAAUUUGUAAUGCCACUGGCGGCAGCCCAGCCAGCUUGGCUACCUUCAAUGCGUGUGAGUGUCUGUUGACAC